CCUAUGAGAACAUUGCACACUAAACCUAUGAUAGUUAUGCCACCCAAAAGUAUUUAAUUUUUAUCACGUAAAGUUUUAGAGAUAUUCGGGCUGAGAGGGAUGAAUAGAAAAGCAGUCACCAGACCAAUGCGUAGCGCGGUCAAGUCGUAGUGGGUUCCCUGUGGUGUUUCCACUCUAAGAUGGCGGUCUCCAGGCGUACCGUGGAGUUGUUUUAUGAUGUCGUCUCUCCGUACUCCUGGAUAGCGUUUGAGGUUCUUUGCCGUUAUCGACCAAAGUGGAACUUGGACUUGAAGUUCCGUCCUUGCUUUCUUGGUGGGAUCAUGAGUUCUUCAGGUAACAGACCACCAGGUCUUGUGCCUAAUAAAGCUAAAUACAUGGUAAAAGACAUUGAGCGACAAAGAGAGUACUAUGGUAUACCCAUUGCACAGCCCUCUAACCCAGUGGAAGUAAUGUUUGAGAAAGGUAGCUUAUCAGCCAUGAGACUUCUGACAGCAAUUGACAUAGCCCACCCUGACAAAAUUGAGCAACUGUCACGAGAGUUAUGGAUGAGGAUAUGGUCAAGGGAUGAAGAUAUUGUGUUACCUGAAAGCCUGAAACAGGCUUGUUUAGCAACUGGUUUUAGUGAUACACAGUCUACAGCAAUUAUAAGCCGACUGUCUGAUCAGGAUAUCAAGGACAAGCUCAAAGAAACAACACAAGAAGCCCUAGAUGCUGGAGCCUUUGGGGCACCUACUAUAAUAGCCCAUGCAAACGGAGCAAAGCACAUGUUCUUUGGAUCUGACCGGUUCUUUUUGAUAGCUCACCUGUAUGGUGUCGAAUGGGAGGGGCCUCUUUAUCCUCCACCUUCAUCGCUGUAAAGUGCAAGCACGAAAUUGUUGCAUCAAAUGCUGUUUUAGACAAUUUGAUAUAUCUUAUAGGUAGAUCCAAUCUUAUAGCUUAGUAACGUAUGUAUUUUAGAGAAUUAUGUAUAUGAAAAAAAUAAAAAAAAAACUAUAACCUGUAGCUUGUAACAGAAGAUCUAUCUGGUGUUCCUGAAAUAAUGCUGUUAAGGCGUGUAUAUGACCAAACCUCGAACGAUUAGACUACGCCCCCCACGGCCUGUGAAGUAUUCACAUAUCAAAAGUUAUGAACAUCGCAAAAUAGAAACACCACGAUGGGUAUUGUUUAUAUGUAGCAAAUCACUGAGGUCUAUAUCUAGUAGCAGGUGACAUCAUGCAAAUGAAGAUGAAACAGUCGACUUCGCUCAUUUGCAUGUUUGCGUUUGGAAUGGCACAUGAAAAGAACGGCGUAUGAGCUAUGCCUAAGUGAAAAGCGUAUGGACUAGGCCUAAGAGAAAAGAUUCUGUUUGAAAGUCAUCCGAAUGUGUGUGUGUUUUUUUUCUUUUCUGCAUUACUGUGCUUUUGUCUGUUUUUUUUUUAAGCCUGGUGCUUUCGGUGUUCUCAUAGGUCAGCGGUCAUUCCGAAUGCAAAUUAACCAAUUCAAUUGUUCUGUGUUCAUUUUCGAAAUAUUUAGUUGAUAUAUUAGACAAUUUUGUAGAGAGGUCAGUUUUAGUCUUAGGGAAAGUGACAUUCUUUACGGAGCCGUCGCCAAAAACUCAAUACAACCCCUUAAUCCUAUCUUUAAAGGGCGUCGCAUUACACAUGAUUCAGGGUAUAACCUCAGGUCUAAGUCUACAUCGUAUCAGAGGCCUACUUAUACGAGUCGUUUCAACAUGUUCGUUACUGUUAAAUAUGCUGAUUACAUUUGAUUAAUUGUACUUUAUUGUAGUGCUUACUUGUAUCUCUGACUCACCUGUAAUCCAGGCAAUACUGCAAAAGGUUGAAUUAAACUUAAAGCUAUGCUACAUUA